AUGGAUAUUACUACAAAUUUUCUUUCUCGCAGCUUAUCUGAAAUCACUUCCACCGUGUCUGACGCGUCAGGAGACUUUUCUUCGUCGAGUACAAAUUAUGAGUUUGAACAAAAAUUACGCCAACUAAUUGAGCAUGCUUUUUGUCCUGUCGUCUUUACGUUGUGCUCCGAAGAUACAGAAAGUUUUAUAAAAGGAAAAGGCUUUGCAAACUUUGCUUCUUUUAUCAGGCCUUUUGGCGACUGUGUCGAACACGGGAAUUGCUCCAAGCAUUCUGCUUCGGCAAAACAUAUAAACUUUCAAAAUGAGAGAAAUUUAGAAGAUACAGGCUCUGUCCGUUUCUUACCAAUGUCGGCCGUGCGAACCCCUCAACAAUUUCAUCGUGACCGAGCAUGGAAUAAAGAAAAUGAACUCGAGUCAGAACAAGAGUUAUCUUAUGAGUUUGCUCCGGGAGGAGAUAUGGAAUGUGUUCGUGAAUUAUUGGAAAGAUAUAUUCAGAAAUGGUCCGCGGAAGCUGAUGAUCAAGUGGCGCCGGAUUCAUUCUUAGAUCCUAUGCUACAGUAUUUAAAGCUUUUGAUGUCUGGUAAUCCGGUUGCACAGCAUGAGACAUUUUCCCAUCCCGUUGGGUGUUUAAUUGUGUUAAGUUCUCAUAACCCUAAUCCUCUAGCUACUAUUAUGCGCUUAUAUAAAGAAGUAAAUAGUGCAGAUUUCCCUAGAUUUAUAUCUAGAGAGGUAUUGCAUUACUAUCUUUUUAUCCACGAUGAAGAUGAACAUGAUUUAGAAACUUCUCUUCAAGUGUUUGGAAACAUACAACGCAGUAUAGGCGCGAAUUCCAAAUUCAUUCGAUUACGGUCACGAUAUAUUGAUUUAGCUUAUAUACAGAACGCGCAUUCUCCAUCGAAUUUGGACAAUUAUAAGGACGAGUUAGGAGGUGAAGAUGACUAUUUCAAUCCCUCAAGCUUGCUUUCUUCGACUUCAUUAGUCAACGGUUUUUCAAAUCCGACACUGUUCUCACUUGACUCUGAAUUAGCAAAAGUGCCAGAGCCUAUAUGGAAAUCUCCUUUAGAAGUUUUAAAGGAAGGAGGUGAAAAUAAAAAAGGGGUUUUAAAGCCUGUGAUGCCUUUGGAAGAAAUGCAAGAAAUGAAAAGUUUAGUAACCACGAUACUCUUUGAAGGUAUACGUCCUUUUAUGCAGAGAUGUGUAAAUUCUUGGGAAGAAAAUACGGCUGCGCAUUAUGGCGGGUUUACAGGGAAGUUACUUUUUGCUUCAAAAAAAUAUAUAGGGAAGAACCAUUCUUCCUCUGCCCAAAGAAAUUACGAUUCCGACUCUUUUAUGUACUCUUCGGAUAAGCCAGAAGCCGUGAAGCGAAGAAUGGCUGAUUUUUUAUUUAUGCUACAUGAUUAUAAACGAGCAUACGAAAUUUAUGACGAGCUUAGGAAAACGUUUUCUCAAGAAAGAGCUUGGAAUUAUUUAGCUUCUUGUUUGGAAGCUCAGAUAACCUGUCUUUUGAUGCAAAACCGUGUCAUUACGCCAAAAUUAAGGACGUCAGUCCUAGAUAAAAUUUUUAAUGACAUGGUGCUCGUAUAUGCUGCAAGGCUUCAUUCAUUAUACCAUACUUCCCGAAGUAUUGCUAUUGGAAGUCUCUUGCUAGCUACCCGACCGGGAAAUUGUAUUGACGAUGCUGUACAAUGGUUUCAACGACUAACAAAUUUGAAUGUAAUUCCCUUAUCAAAAUUUGAGCAUGCUUUUUUUAUGACAUGCUUAGCUGGGUUAUUUACCGUCCGAGCAAAUUUGCCUUCUUCAGAAAAAGCUAUUAAUGGUCGUGAACGCAAAGCAGCAUUUUGGUUUUUGCAUUCAAUUAAAGAUUGGUUAGAGUGCGAUCAUCCAACAAUGGCUCUUGUAUGCUGGAAAUUUGCAGACUGCAUAUAUGAAUAUUCUUCUUGGUCUGUUCUUUCUACUCAUAUUAAAGCAAUUGGUGAAGAGUUGGUCUCAUCAACCAACAAUGGGAACUAG